GCGCGGCGCCGGCGCGGCCAUGGCCGAUCGCAGCAGCGACAGGGGACCGCCGGACGCGCUGCAGAACCGCUUCCACAGCGAGCGGGCCAACAAGGAGCGGCAGUGGCAGCUGGUCUUCACGAAGUACACCGUGAACCCCCUCCAGCCCGUUCACAUGGUUGCUAGGAAGCCAAUGUCUUGGCAUGAAAACGUACAUGAGCCAACAGACGAUGAAUUCCUGAAUCUUCUUCACCGUGCAGUACUGGUGCCAAGAAAGAAAUAUUCAGAGCCACAAACUGAAAGCCAAGAAAUUGGCUGGAACACAACACCUUUGGUUCCUUUGGACCGUACUGACCGCAGAUUCUACUUCCCACGCCGGAUAACUGAGAUUACGAUCCAUGGCUACCCUGCGCCACGGGGAGAGAAGUCUUAAGGACUACUAUGGGGGGAAAGCCACAGAUAGAAUGUUAAUGACAUCUAGUGUGUUAGGCCCUGCUCAUUAUCUAGCCAGUCUGGCAGAUUUCUGGUGAGAGACAAUAGAAAAAAGAAAACCUCAAUCUGUCCAGAUUUGCAACCUGACAACAGUGACACAAAUAAAUCUAUCUGCAAGGCUCUG